AUGUCGAAGCAAUCCGUCAACCUUUACACCUGGGGCUGUUCCCUAUUCGCUGCCGUGGGUUCACUCCUGUAUGGUAUCGAUUCGGGUAUCGUCUCGACGACGAUGGCCCAUGACAGCUUUCUCGAGUAUUUUGCUCCAUUCACUCCCGGCAUCAAAGGCGCAGUGGUGAGCACAUUUGGAGCCGGCUCGGUUUUUGGCGUUUUCUUCGCCGGCUGGAGCGCCGACUACUAUGGAAGAAAAAAGACGAUUGCCAUUGCCGCAGUGAUCGCGUUGGUCGCCGGCAUCAUCCAAGCCGCAUCCGUCCAUGUCGGAAUGCUUAUAGCCGGGCGCAUCAUCGGCGGCUUCGCAGUCGGCAUGAUGAACAUGACCAUCCCCAUCUACAACAGCGAGAUUGCACCGCCUCAUAAGCGAGGCAUGAUCUCAGGACUUCACGCUCAGUUCGUCGGGUUUGGCUUCGCCAUGGCCAACUGGAUCGGAUUCGCCACUGGAUAUGCGAAGAAAGGUGCUUUUCAGUGGAGGUUCCCACUUGCUUUCCAAUGCUUGCCGGCCUCUAUCGUCUUGAUGGGCAUCUUCUGGCUUCCGUAUUCUCCUCGGUGGCUGAUGGAGCAAGAACGCGAUGAUGAGGCCUACACCGUCAUUAAACGCUUACACGGGACUAUUGGACAUGAUGAGACCUUUUUCCGUGCAGAGUUCAACCAGAUGCGCGACCAGCUACGCUAUGAGAAGAGCAUCACCGUCUCCAGUUGGCGCGAGCUAUUCUCAAAACCCAGCAAUAGGAAACGUUUGAUGCUUGCUGUGCUCGUCCAAGCCUUUACGCAGCUUUCGGGUAUCAAUGUCAUCAACUACUAUCAGACUGAUUUGUAUAAAGGUCUCGGUAUGACGGGUCAUAUGGUGACAUUGCUGGCUGGUUGCUACGGCAUGGCUGGGCCCAUUGCCAAUAUGAUUUGUCUCUACUUCGUCGACAGCUGGGGCAGGAAAAGAACUCUCUGGAUCAGCGGAAUCAUCAUGGCCAUCGAUAUGUCUCUGGUCAUGGGCUUGACCGCCGGCUACGCCAAAUCAGACAACAAAGUCGGCCAGGGGUUUACUAUUGCCUUCAUCUUCCUGUUCUCGGUAAUAUAUUCUCUGGGAUACAACUCCAUCCACUACAUCUACGUCCCUGAGAUCAUGACCAUGGCCAUCCGUGCCAAGGGCAGCGCCGUCUCAAUCAUCUGCAACGUCCUGAUCAACAUCGUCUUCAACCAGAUCUCGCCCAUCGCCUUCUCUGAAGUCGGAUAUAAAUACUAUUCGCUAUUCAUCGCCACCAACGUGACGGGCGCCAUCGUCGUGUUUUUGCUCUUUGUCGAGACCAAGGGCAAAUCGCUCGAGGAGAUUGCAGCCAUCUUUGGCGAUGAGGUCAUUGUCCCCUCGCUGGCCGCGGCUCAGGAGAAGUUGGACAUGAUGACGGAUGAGCAGGUUCAUCAUAUUGAUCGGGUCGACGAGAAGGGCGGGGAGGAAAAUGUUGAGAAGAAGGAGUAA